GGGAGGACCGGCGGCUGCUGCCGUUGCAGCGCGGGAGGUGGCGGGAGCUGCGUUGUUCCCCAGCGGGCAGGAGCGCUGCUGGCCCAGCGGGAGGAGCCGGGCGCAGGUACUCAACAACAGCGACAAAAAAAAUGAACGUUUUCCCAUCAUGUCUCUCCAUGCAGUAGCUCUCGCCAGCUACAGCGGAACAGAAGUUUUCAAGCCCCCCUGCUCCAAAAAGUUAAACUGUGAAAGCUUAAAGGUGGCUUUCACCGACUCAGCAUGUUCUUCAAAUCCCUCAGCGAGGAUUAGCUGCCUUGCUCCGACACCUCAAAUCUCCGUUCUCUCAGUUAUGCUGGCAUUUUGAGUGCUCAAGAGUGAAAUGCUUGAACCAUUCAGAUGAUUCUUGGCAGAUGAAUACUUCAGGCCAGCGGUGAUUGGACAUGCUGGAAAUUUUAGAUCAUACCCAGACAGUGCUGAAGCUAUCAAAGACAUUCUCGUGUCUGUUUUAAAUGCAUCUGGUUUGAAGCCAUCUUUGGUGCUGGAGCAGACCACCAUGCAGGGAGCUCAGAGCCUGGACAGUGACACAGAACAGUGGGAAGAGAGCAGUGGUGGAGACAGCCAUGACGACAGUGACAGCGAUUCUGCACAUAACAACACUGCCUGUACGCAAACAGACAUUCGGUUUACAAGGCACCGGGCAUGUUGGGACAACACAUGCUGCAAUUCCCCUAAACCUUCACUGGAUACUUUCUUUUGUCCCUGUUACUCAGAUGGGGAUGCUGCUUCUUCCUCCUUGAAUGGUUUUACACUGUCGCACGUGUCCCCUCUGAAGCGGGACUGCUUUACCCAGGUGACGUUAACUGGAGGCACUGUUACCUCGGCUGUUGUGUAUUCUGGAAAAGAACAUUAUGCAUCCCCUGAGCAAGACUUGACUUUCACAAGGUUUCUUUCUGAUUCAACUGUUUGCCAGCCAGCAGAUCUGUUGAAAUAUCCUGAUGCUUUGGAGCCUACGCCUGUCAGCAACAGUGACAGCAGUUCUCCCAGUGGCCUGUCCCAGUCAGAGCCAGUCAAUCGAACAGGUUCUACUUCUCCUUUGAACAUAAGUGCUAUACCCUUGAAUCGUUCGUUGCAGGACAUCUGCAUGCUUCCAGAAGAUGUGGAGAAGGAAAACGCACACUUUUUUGUUGCAGAUAUGAUCAUAGCAUCGCUAGAAAAAAUGAAAUGUAAUAUCCUAAGCCAACAAGCGGAGUCCUGGGGUGUGGAGGAAAGAAAUGAAUCAGAUGGCAGCUAUCACACUGAUUUGGAGUUGCCUUCGUACCCUGGAGUGAAGAAGUCUGAUUCUUCUGUUGCCUCUUCAGACAGUGGUUAUGAAGGCUGUGCUGUGCUGCCUGUCAGCUCCCCAGUGCAUCUACCGUCACAUCAUGAGGUUACCAGAUUCUAUUGCAACAGUGAUUCAGAGGAUGAAUAUGUAAUUAUUGAACUUGAAGACCUUGAAAAUCUGUCUGUCACCCCAGAUGAAAGAUCAUCGUUUGAACCAGGCAGCAAUUCUGCUGAAGCAACAGCGCAGGAGUUGUGCCGAGCUUUCAGAAAACACUGGUUGCAGACAGACUCUGCGGUUCAACUGUCUGGUUGCCGGAGCUUGUCUAAGCAGAGAUCUGUGCUGAAAGAAGAGAUUCCCAGAGAGCUUGAGUCCAGUUUGAAUCUGGCUGAAGAAAUAAAGAUCAUCUCCAAAUUAAGAGGAUCUUCUGGCUGGGCUCCACCAAGAUCACAGAUUAUAUUUAAUAUUCACCCUUCAGUCAAGAGAGAUGCAGUGGUGGCUGCCCAAAACUUUACGUGUGUUGGCUGUGGAACCCCGAUAGAAAGCAAAUACAUCAGGAGACUUCGCUAUUGUGACUACCUGGGGAAAUACUUUUGUGAGUGCUGCCACAGCUAUGCUCAGUCUUCCAUUCCUGCCCGAAUACUUCUGAAGUGGGACUUCAAAAAAUACUACGUAUGCAACUUCUCCAAACACCUACUAGACAGCAUAUGGCAUCAACCACUUUUCAACGUGUCGUGUAUUAACAAAGCCCUCUAUACAAAAAGCAAAGAAAUGGACAGGGUGGGGGAGGCACAAGAACAGCUUUUUCAUUUAAAAAAGCUUUUGAAAACCUGCAGGUUUGGUGAAAGUGUACUGAAAGAAUAUGAACAGGUCCCCAGCCAUCUGACAGAGGAGCUGCAUCUCUUCUCACUGGAUGAUCUGGUGAAAAUCAAACGAGGGCAGUUACUGCCCCUUCUUAAAGACAUCCUGAAGUGCUCCACCUCCCAUGUGGAUGGUUGUGAGCUCUGUCAAGCGAAGGGGUUUAUCUGUGAAUUCUGUCAGAGCGCAGAUCUGCUCUUUCCAUAUCAGAUUGCCAAAUGCAAACGGUGCACAGAGUGCAAAGCAUGCUUUCACAAAGCAUGCUUCAAAUCUGGAGGCUGCCCCAAAUGUCUGCGGAUUGCAGCUCGGAAGACGUUUUCAGAAACUCCGUCACUGGUGCCUCCAUGAAACUGGAUUCCUCUGGCUGUUGAUUUCAGAAGAUGCUCAAAACCCAAAUCUUCAGGUGCCUGACUAAAAAUUAAAUAAUGUUGUUUUAGACAUUACUAUUUUUAAUUUGUGUCUCCUUUAUGGGGGGUUAAGGAAAAAAAAAAAAAAAGGAAAACUUCAGUAUCAUCAUUGAGAAGUUACCCUGAAGGCGUUUGAUCUUAACUGGUGACAGAAAGACUGGAUGAUAAUUCUGCUAUGUCUUGUCCUUGUAUGUAAGAUUUUUAAUGUUAUAUUUUUCCAUAUAAAAAAUAUUCUUCUCUGUAAUUCUGCAAAUAAUGCAUAGAGAGUAAAUGAGUGUUGGAAAUCA